CUUUCCCCCCUCCCUCGCUCCCUCCCCCCGCAGCGGAGCGCGCGCGCCAUGGACGUGAAGCGGCUGAAGGUGACGGAGCUGCGGGCCGAGCUCGGGCGGCGGGGCCUGGACUCGCGCGGCCUCAAGGUGGAGCUGGCCCAGCGGCUCCAGGAAGCCUUGGACGCCGAGAUGUUGGCCGCGGGCCCCGAAGAAGCCGGCGCCGAGGCCGGGGGAGCGGCGGCGGCGGCGGCCGGGCAAGGCCUCGGCAGGGCCCGCUUGGGAACGGGAGGCGCCGAAAAUGACGACGACGACGAGGAGGAGGAGGAAGACGAGGACGAGGAGGAGGAGGAGGACGAGGAGGCGCUGCUGGCCGACGAGGAGGAGGCGGCCACGGCUGGAGGAGGCCCCGCGCAGGCCUCGGCGCCGAGCGCGGAAGAGCAGGCCUCAGCCCAGCCUGGCAGUGGCGUCAACGGCGCCCAAGGGGCCUCCGAGGAAGGAGGAGCGGGGAGCAGCGGAGGCGGAGAGGAGGAGGAGGCCGAGGCCGCCGCCGCCGAAGAGGGCCGCGGCGAGGCCCAGCCCGGAGACAAGCCCCAGGCAAAUGAAGAGGGUGAGAAAGCAAAGGAGACUGGUCCAGAUGGUGAACGUCAAGGGCUAAAAAGGCAACGCGAUGAAAAGGAAGAACAUGGUCGUGCUUACUGUGAAUUCCGAGAAGAGGCGUUUUAUAGCCGAUCCAAGUCUCCACCACCACCAGAAGAAGAACCUAGAGAAGACGAUGAUGAGACUCUGGUGAUCCUGGACACAUAUACAUCCGAUCUCCACUUCAGAGCCACCAAGGAUCGCUAUGGAGGACAGCCCUUGUUCCAUGACAAAUUUCCCAAUCUUUGGUCUGGGGCAAGGAGUACACAUGGAGUGAAAAGUGGGAAGGUCUGCUUUGAGGCAAAGGUGGCACAAAACCUCCCACUGAAGGAAGGUUCCACAGAGCAUCAACUGCUUCGCGUUGGGUGGUCUGUGGAUUUCUCUUGUUCGCAGCUAGGUGAGGAUGAGUAUUCUUAUGGCUACGACGGACGGGGGUUGAAGGCUGAAAAUGGGCAGUUCGAAGAAUUUGGUCAAACUUUUGGAGAGAAUGAUGUGAUAGGUUGCUUUGCCAAGUUUGAAAGUAGCGAUGUCGAACUGUCUUUCUCCAAAAAUGGGGAGGACCUGGGUGUUGCCUUCUGCAUCAGUAAGGAAGUGCUUGGAGACCGGGUUUUGCUGCCACACGUGCUGUGCAAAAACUGUGUGGUGGAGCUGAAUUUUGGCCAAAAAGAAGAGCCGUUCUUUCCAGUUCCGGAGGACUACAUCUUCAUUCAUGCUGUCCCUGUUGAGGACCGGGUGCGCACUCCCCUGCCUCCCAAAACUACAGGAGAGUGUGAGGUCAUGCUUAUGGUUGGGUUGCCAGGAUGUGGGAAAACCCAUUGGGCACGUAAAUACACCCAGGAGAAUCCAGAUAAGCGCGUCAACAUCUUGGGGACAGACACAGUUCUCUACAAAAUGAAGACAAAGGGAACUCAACCUGAAGAAACACCUGACAGAGCAACUCGAGAUCAGCUGUUUCAGCAAGCUGCCCGUUGUGUUAGCAAGCUUAUCCAGAUUGCUCCCAAGGCAAAGAGGAACUUCAUUCUCGAUCAGUGUAAUGUGUAUAACUCUGGUCAGCGGCGGAAGCUGCACCCCUUCAAGGGGUUCAUCCGCAAGGUGAUAGUGCUGGUCCCUAGUGAAGAGAACUGGGAGGAGAGAUUGGAGCAGCGGGAGGAAGCUGAAGGGGAAGACGUUCCUGAGACAGUGAUGCUGGAAAUGAAAGCCAACUUCUCUAUUCCGGAUAAAUGUGAUUAUGUAGACGAAGUUCUGUUCCCAGAACUCGCCAAGGAAGAAGCUCAGCCUCUUGUCACAAAAUAUAAGGAGGAGGCCAGGAAAUUACUUCCUCCUUCAGAGAAGCGGACAAACCGGCGCAACAAUCGCAACAAACGCAACCGCCAGAAUCGCAACCGAGGCCAGGGAUAUGCAGCUCAGCCCAGGCAUCCAAGUAUGCAGCACCCACCCGGGCUGCUGUUUGGUGGACAACGCCGAGGGUACAAUCAUCGUGCUUAUGGGCAGGGCCAGCAGCAUCAGCAGCAACAACAGCAGCAGCAGUACUGGGGCCAACCUGGUAACAGAGGUGGUUAUCGCAAUUUCUAUGACAGAUACAGGGGGGACUACAAUCGGUUCUAUGGACGUGAUUAUGAGUACAACAGAUACAGAGACUAUUACAGGGACUACAAUCGAGAGUGGCAGAACUACUACCAAGACAGAGACCGAUACUACAGGAACUACUAUGGCUACCAGGGCUACCGGUGAAACCCUCCCCAUCUCGACCCUUCAGCCAAGCAGCAAAGUGCGAUGAAGGGGAAGCCUUCACCACUUCCCAAGACACAAAGCAGUGGAAAAUUGGGGCUGUUGGGGAAAGAUUGGCAUUGGGGGGUUUUUUGGGGGAGAGGGGGUGGGUGGGGAGGUUAAAAAAAAAGAAAUUGUAAAUUUUUUAAAAAGUUUGUUGAAAACAAUACUGUCUUAUUCUUUAAAAAAAUUGAACUUAACUUUAGACCUUUGUAAUCGAAACUUGUGCAGAGAGGAGAGGCACUCUUAACACCACCACAUACGAUCAAGCAGGAAAAUCCGACAAAGCAGCUAGGCGGAGGAGGGAGGGAGGGAGGGGCGGGACAUUCAAGAGGCAGAAUCUCUUUUUAGCAAAGUGUGGACGAGGGGUACCAGGGGAAGCGUUGAGCCACAAAUACACCUUUUAGCAUUUUCCUAACUUUUUCAAAAUUUUAUUUAGGGGUUUUAUUAUUUUUUCUCCAAAGUCGGGUGGCGAUGGUGGCAUAUGCCCAUCAAAAAGGGGGGAAAUAUUAUGGUGGAAAGCAAAGUGUUUCUCUUUCCCUGCCUUUCAGAGUUUAUCCCGUGUUUUCAGACAGUGAAUAGCAAUUCAGCAGGAAGGCCCGUUAGACGUUAUCUAUCCCAGCUUAGAGGUUUUGCUCUUUAUUUUUCCAGAAUGUUUAGUGGGAUGCAAUAGAGUCUCGUUUAACCGACCUUUGCUUAUCCAACAUUCUGUCUCUGAUGGGAGGAUAUUGAAAAAGUCAGUUCCCAAUUGUUAACCCCCUCCCAAAAGCUUGCAAACCCCUUUCCCAGAGCAAAAGAGCCCCAUACACUUUUCCUUGGUUUGUCUUCAGUAAAAGGAUGAUGAUGGAAGAAAGAAGCAGGAGGAAUCCAGAGGGGGAUCAGGUUGCCAAGGUCUCAGCCAAGGGCUUCACGAGGAUCCAAGGGCCCAGGGGUUGGUGGGGGUGAGGCCCGCUUUGCCCGCCAUCUCCACAACCCAAGGAAGGAGAGCGAGGGAUUGGCUUCCCUCCUUGGCGGGGCUCCCCAUCUGCAUUGCAAGGAAAACCCGGGCUGAAGAGGCUGGGAAGGGAGGCAGAAGCGGAAAGGAGAGAAGGAGCCCUUCGUGGAUGGCAUGAACCCCCCACCAGCAGUGAAUCAUUCAGACAGACCAGGAAGGAAGGGAAAAAGGGAGAAGAGGGAGGACAAAGUGGCGUUUAGAAGGAGGCCUUUUUAUUUUAGCCUCUAAAUAUAUAUAUAUAUAGAGGCCUAAUAUCCCUCCAUAUUAUCUGACAUUUUUGUUUUUCUGACAUUCUGCUGGCCCAUUUACAUCGGGUAAACAAGACUCUACUGUACUUGCGAUCCAUUCACAGAAGAAAGCACAGGACUUGCAUUUGCCAAGUUCUCAAGUCUGUUUUCGCACGAUCUGUUUACGGAAGCGCAGGGCUUCCACUUCUCCAGUUCUCAAGUCCAUUUCUGUGCUCAUCCUUUCUUCGUUGGCCCCAUUUUUUUCAUCUCGGCAUAGUACCUGUCCUCUUCCCUCCCUCCCUGCCCCCCCCCCCUUUUUUCCUUUUUAGUGAAUGGAAGGAACUUUUUUUCUCAGGGUUUCUGCAGGAUCUUCUCGUUGUUAGCACCUGAAAUGUAUAUAAGCAAAACCGUGCUAGCAUGUGACUUUUGCCCCCUUCCUUUUCUCCUUUGGAGGAGCUUCAUGCUGAAACAGCAGGUUUUAUAUCUGGAGGGGGAGGGAGGCAGGAAUCGUUCUGUAAUGCUUGCUGUUUUUAUAAACCGAUUGCCUCUGUCUAUAGGAAAGGAUAGGUGUGGGGCGGGGGGCGGGGAAAGCAGUCUGCAGUUCUAGGGUGGUUGUGUGCAUGAUCCUUACUUGGCUUUUUUGAUCCUGGCCCUUUAGUACGUUCAAUGUUUUCCUCAGGCUCCCACUGAAGAACUCCCCUCUUCUUCCAUCUAUAUGCGUCCUUUUCUAUUAGUUGCGCAAGAAAAAGGAAACAUCUCUAUGUGUCCAAAAUGUUUUGAAGUUCCUCACAUUCGGGGCAGGUUUUAUUUUCCUUUUUUGAUAUUUUUGCAGAAGUAGGGGGGAAAUACCUAGUUUCCUAUCUCGCUACUCAAAGAUCAAUUAAUUUUUAAUCUGCCGUUGGGGGAAUGUUCUACAAUAAGAUGUAUUUCCCUCUCAGAUAUGUCUUGCAUAAAUUUUGGGUCCUAUUUCCUAAUUGCAUCUGAUUUCCCAGCCAUAGGGAUUGAAGAUUUGCCUCUUUUUCUUUGUGAUUCACUGUUUGAAAUUCAAACCUCUUUUUUCUUUUUCUUUUUUUUAGAAUAUUCAAAAAUUCUCUCUUUUUACAAGCAGCUUUUUUUUCUCCCUUCCCAUCAAGAUUGCAACAGUCCCAGCCAGAGAAAGGAAUUAAAGUCUGCCAGGACUGGAAGACUUUGUUGUCAUUUUGACUGAUGGGUAGAGGGAGCAUUGCAGAAGGGCAGCCCUUUUAUUCUCGAUUGGAAGCAUAGGAGUUAGAGAGAAGCAGGAUUCUUCUAUUUCCCUGCAUGUAUGUAUUCCGAAUGUCUGAUUGUGUGACAACUGUUUUUAUAACAAAAGUUAAUUGGUAUUUUAAAACACUUCUGGCCACGAGAAAAUAUUCUUCCGAGGAAGAAAGGGUUUUGUGUGUCUGUGAGAAUGCAAAUAGCUUCCGUAAGCUUUGAAAACUCACAGAGAACUGUCAUAUAAGUUUGAGGUUAUGAAAAGUUGGGCAUCGUUAUGGCAUGCUGCCUUGACGAAAAGCAAAAGCAGUUCCACAUCUCGGGAUUGCAAGAAAAACCAACAUUUGAGGCCCAACUCAUUUCAGUAUCUUCAGGAAGUUCCAGUUUAAACGGAAUCGCUUUGGGAAGCUAUUUAGAAUAUGAAAUCUAAAAGCAAAACUGGAGGAAUGACUAAAACUGCUACAUCUUUAGCGACUUUAGUAGAUGUCUUUUUUCUGCACAUUUUUGUAUAAAAACAAAACAAAAAAAGAGGGAAAGUGAAAAAAAUAAAGUGUUAAAAAAACACCCCUAAAAAAAGGACAAAAAAGAUUCAGCCUGUUCGUGUUUUUCAUGAUUGUAUGUCUUAGUUGCUGUAGAUCGGAAGCUCAAGUGAAACAGGCUGUAAAUGUUUUUACAAAUUGUAAAACGUUUCAGUGGCCAGUAAAAGGGUUUUUGCCAUUCAACAUGUAACUGUGUGGUUGUUUACAUCUGUAACUUUCUUUCUUUUAACAAUUCUGGCAUAUGUAGAUUGAAAUACUUCCAUUUUUAGAAUAAAUAACCAUUCGCUUGAUUCCACCA